AUGGGUAGAACAGAUUUUAUACGCUCUGCUAUACAACUUGAUGCUAGUUUAUAUGUUGUAUUCAAAAGACUUAUUGGUCGCCAAUUUUUCAUAAACUGUCUAGGUUUAUCACCUUUUGGAAGCCCUCCGAGUGUAAGCAUUCCAUAUCCCCACAAAACAGCAAAUGUUGGACAACAAAUAAAUCUUUAUUGUGCAGUUCAGUCACCAAGUGCUCCAGUUGACGAAAUUAAGUGGAUAUUUGUACCCAAUUCAGGAGGAGAUAUAAAAGAUCCGUUAACCUCGAGCUCAUCAACAAUCAAUAAGUACGAAGGGUCUACGAUAACCAAUCCAUCCUUGAUCAUCAAUAACGUGCAGCUUACAGACCAAGGGGAAUAUAGAUGCUAUGCGAGAAAUAAGUUUGGAGAAAACGCAAGCAACAUACUUAAACUCAGUGUUAUAGAGACUAGUGACCACCCAAUUUCAGCAACUACACUUUCAGACAGUCAAAGUACAGUAAAAAAAAGUGGAAGAAGUACACACAUAAAUACAAAAAGUAAAACCGACCACACUGGUAGUUCAGUUCCUCCGGUCUCAAAAACACAAAGUCUGACCGAAAGCACUGAUACUUCAGUUGAAAUAGUCUCAAAUACACAAAGUAAAACCUACACCACUGAUAGUUUAGUUACUCCGGUCUCCGAUACACAAAUUAAAUCCGACACCACUAAAAGUUCAGUUGAUACGGUCUCCAAUACAAAAAGUAUAACCGACACCACUGAUAGUUCAGUUGAUACGGUUGACUCUAAUACACAAAGUAUAACGGACACUACUGAUAGUUCAGAUACUCCAGUCUCAAAUGUACAGAGUAAAUCAGACACCACCGAUAGUUCAUAUACUCACGUAUCAAAUACACAAAGUAAAAAUGACACUACUGAUAGUUCAGUUACUUCAGUCUCAAAUGCACAGAGUAAAACAGACGCCACUGAUAGUUCAGUUGAAACGGUCUCCAUUACACAAAGUACAACCGACACCACUGAUAGUUCAGUUGAUACGGUAUCAAAUACACAAAGUACAACUGACACCACUGAUAGUUCAGUUACUCGAGUCCCAAAUACACACAGAACAACUGACAUCCCUGAUAGUUCAGUUACUCCGGUAUCAAAUACACAAAGUACAACUAACACCACUGAUAGUUCAGUUACUCCAGUCUCAAAUACACAAAGUACAACCGACACCACUGAUAGUUCAGUUGAUAUGGUUUUCAAUACACAAAGUUCAACCACCACCACUGAUAGGUCAGUUACCCAAGUAUCAAAUACACAAAGUACAACUGACACCACUGACAGUUCAGUUACUCCAGUCUCAAAUACACAAAGUACAACUGACACGUCUGAUAGUUCAGUUGAUAUGGUCUUUAAUACACAAAGUAUAACUGACACCACUGAUAGUUCAGUUACUCAUGUCUCAAAUGCACAGAGUAAAACAGACACCCCUGAUAGUUCAGUAACUCCGGUAUCAAAUACACAAGGUACAACUGACACCACUGAUAGUUCAGUUGAUACGGUCUCUAAUACACGAAGUACAACCAACACCGCUGAUAGUUCAGUUUAUAUGGUCUACAAUACACAAAGUACAACCGACACCACUGAUAGUUCAGUUGAUACAGUCUCAAAUACACAAAGUACAACUGACACCACUGAUAGUUCAGUUGAAACGGUCUCCAAUACACAAAGAACAACCGAUACAACUGAUAGUUCAGUUGAUACGGUCUCCAAUACACAAAGUACAACCGACACCACUGAUAGUUCAGUUGAUACGGUCUCCAAUACACGCAGUACAACAGACACCACUGAUAGUUCAGUUGAAACGGUCUCCAAUACACAAAGUACAAUCGACACCAUUGAUAGUUCAGUUGAUACAGUCUCCAAUACACAAAGUACAACCAACACCACUGAUAGUUCAAUCGAUACGGUCUCCAAUACACGAAGUACAACCGACACCACUGAUAGUUCAGUUGAUACGGUCUCCAAUACACAAAGUACAACAGACACCACUGAUAGUUCAGUUGAUACAGUCUCCAAUACACGCAGUACAACAGACACCACUGAUAGUUCAGUUGAAACGGUCUCCAAUACACAAAGUACAAUCGACACCAUUGAUAGUUCAGUUGAUACAGUCUCCAAUAUACAAAGUACAACCAACACCACUGAUAGUUCAAUCGAUACGAUCUCCAAUACACGAAGUACAACCGACACCACUGAUAGUUCAGUUGAUACGGUCUCCAAUACACAAAGUACAACAGACACCACUGAUAGUUCAGUUGAUACGAUCUCCAAUACACAAAGUACAACCGACUCCACUGAUAGUUCAGUUGAUACGGUCUUCAAUACACAAAAUUCAACCAACACCACUGAUAGUUCAGUUACUCCAGUCUCAAAUACACCAAGUACAACCGAUACCAUUGAUAGUUCAGUUGAUACGGUCUUCAAUACACAAAGUACAACCAACACCACUGAUAGUUCCGUUACUCCAGUCUCAAAUACACCAAGAACAACCGACUCCACUGAUAGUUCAGUUGAUACGGUCUUCAAGACACAAAGUACAACCAACACCACUGAUAGUUCAGUUACCAAAGUAUCAAAUACACAAAGUACAACUGACACCACUGAUAGUUCAGUUACUCCAGUCUCAAAUGCACAUAGUAAAACUGACACUACUGAUAGUUCAGUUAUUCCAGUCUCAAAUACACAAAGUACAACUGACACGACUGAUAGUUCAGUUGAUAUGUUCUACAAUACACAAAGUAUUACUGACACCACUGAUAGUUCAGUUACUCCAGUCUCAAAUACACAAAGUACAACUGACACCACUGAUAGUUCAGUUACUCCAGUCUCAAAUGCACAUAGUAAAACUGACACUACUGAUAGUUCAGUAACUCCAGUCUCAACUACACAAAGUACAACUGACACGACUGAUAGUACAGUUGAUAUGUUCUACAAUACACAAAGUAUAACUGACACCACUGAUAGUUUAGUUACUCCAGUCUCAAAUACACAGAGUAAAACAGUCACCAUUGAUAGUUCAGUAACUCCAGUAUCAAAUACACAAGGUACAACUGACACCCCUGAUAGUUCAGUAACUCCAGUCUCAAAUACACCAAGUACAACCAACACCACUGAUGGUUCAGUUGAUACAGUCUCCAAUACACAAAGUACAACCGACAACACUGAUAGUUCAGUUACUCCAGUCCAAAAUACACAAAGUAUAACUGACACCACUGAUAGUUCAGUUACUCCGGUAUUAAAUACACAAAGUACAACUGACACCACUGAUAGUUCAGUUACUCCAGUCUCAAAUACACCAAGUACAACUUACUCUACUGAUAGUUCAGUUGAUACAGUCUUCAAUACACAAAGUACAACCAACACCACUGAUAGUUCAGUUACUCCAGUCUCAAAAACACCAAGUACAACCAACUCCACUGAUAGUUCAGUUGAUACGGUCUUCAAUACACAAAGUACAACCAACACCACUGAUAGUUCAGUUGCUCCAGUCUCAAAUACACCAAGUACAACCGACACCACUGAUAGUUCAGUUGAUACGGUCUUCAAUACACAAAGUACAACCAACACCACUGAUAGUUCAGUUACUCCAGUCUCAAAUACACCAAGUACAACCGACUCCACUAAUAGUUCAGUUGAAACGGUCUUCAAUACACAAAGUACAACCAACACCACUGAUAGUUCAGUUACUCCAGUCUCAAAUACACCAAGUACAACCGACGCCACUGAUAGUUCAGUAACUCCAGUCUCAAAUACACCAAGUACAACUUACUCCACUGAUAGUUCAGUUGAUACGGUCUUCAAUACACAAAGUACAACUGACAUCAAUGAUAGUUCAGUUGAUACGGUCUUCAAUACACAAAGUACAACUGACAUCAAUGAUAGUUCAGUUGAUACGGUCUUCAAUACACAAAGUACAACCAACACCACUGAUAGUUCAGUUGAUACAGUCUCCAAUACACAAAGUACAACCGACACCACUGAUAGUUCAGUUACUCCAGUCCAAAAUACACAAAGUAUAUCUGACACCACUGAUAGUUCAGUUACUCCGGUAAUAAAUACACAAAGUACAACUGACACCACUGAUAAUUCAGUUACUCCAGUCGCAAAUACACCAAGUACAACUUACUCUACUGAUAGUUCAGUUGAUACGGUCUUCAAUACACAAAGUACAACCAACACCACUGAUAGUUCAGUUACUCCAGUCUCAAAUACACCAAGUACAACCGACGCCACUGAUAGUUCAGUUGAUACGGUCUUCAAUGCACAAAGUACAAUCGACACCAUUGAUAGUUCAGUUGAUACGGUCUUCAAUACACAAAGUACAACCGACACCACUGAUAGUUCAGUUACUCCAGUCCAAAAUACACAAAGUAUAUCUGACACCACUGAUAGUUCAGUUACUCCGGUAUUAAAUACACAAAGUACAACUGACACCACUGAUAAUUCAUUUACUUUAGUCGCAAAUACACCAAGUACAACUUACUAUACUGAUAGUUCAGUUGAUACGGUCUUCAAUACACAAAGUACAACCAACACCACUGAUAGUUCAGUUACUCCAGUCUCAAAUACACCAAGUACAACCGACGCCACUGAUAGUUCAGUUGAUACGGUCUUCAAUGCACAAAGUACAACCAACACCACUGAUAGUUCAGUUACCAAAGUAUCAUAUACACAAAGUACAACUGACACCACUGAUAGUUCAGUUAUUCCAGUCUCAAAUACACAAAGUACAACUGACACCACUGAUAGUUCAGUUGAUAUGUUCUACAAUACACAAAGUAUAAAUGACACCACUGAUAGUUCAGUUACUCCAGUCUCAAAUGCACAUAGUGAAACUGACACUACUGAUAGUUCAGUUAUUCCAGUCUCAAAUACACAAAGUUCAACUGACACGACUGAUAGUUCAGUUGAUAUGUUCUACAAUACACAAAGUAUAACUGACACCACUGAUAGUUCAGUUACUCCAGUCUCAAAUACACAAAAUACAACUGAAACCACUGAUAGUUCAGUUACUCCAGUCUCAAAUGCACAUAUUAAAACUGACACUACUGAUAGUUCAGUAACUCCAGUCUCAAAAACACAAAAUACAACUGACACGACUGAUAGUACAGAUGAUAUGUUCUACAAUACACAAAGUAUUACUGACACCACUGAUAGUUCAGUAACUCCAGUAUCAAAUACACAAGGUACAACUGACACCACUGAUAGUUCAGUAACUCCAGUAUCAAAUACACAAGGUACAACUGACACCACUGAUAGUUCAGUAACUCCAGUAUCAAAUACACAAGGUACAACUGACACCACUGAUAGUUCAGUUGAUACGGUCUCAAAUACACAAAGUACAACUGACAUCAAUGAUAGUUCAGUUGAUACGGUCUUCAAUACACAAAGUACAACCUACACCACUGAUAGUUCAGUCGACACAGUCUUCAAUACACAAAGUACAACCGACACCUCUGAUAGUUCAGUUGAUACGGUCUCCAAUACACAAAGUACAACAGACACCACUGAUAGUUCAGUUGAUACGGUCUCAAAUAUACAAAGUACAACUGACAUCACUGAUAGUUCAGUUGAUACGGUCUCUAAUACACAAAGUACAACCGACACCACUGAUAGUUCAGUUGAUACGGUCUCAAAUAUACAAAGUACAACUGACAUCACUGAUAGUUCAGUUGAUACGGUCUCUAAUACACAAAGUACAACCGACACCACUGAUAGUUCAGUUGAAACGGUCUCCAAUAUACAAAGUACAACCGACACCACUGAUAGUUCAGUUGAUACAGUCUCCAAUACACUAAGAACAACCGACAUCACUGAUAGUUCAGUUGAUACAGUCUCCAAUACACAAAGUACAACCGACACCACUGAUAGUUCAGUUAUUCCAGUCUCAAAUACACAAAGUACAACUGACACCACUGAUAGUUCAGUUGAUAUGUUCUACAAUACACAAAGUAUAAAUGACACCACUGAUAGUUCAGUUACUCCAGUCUCAAAUGCACAUAGUAAAACUGACACUACUGAUAGUUCAGUUAUUCCAGUCUCAAAUACACAAAGUUCAACUGACACGACUGAUACUUCAGUUGAUAUGUUCUACAAUACACAAAGUAUAACUGACACCACUGAUAGUUCAGUUACUCCAGUCUCAAAUACACAAAAUACAACUGAAACCACAGAUAGUUCAGUUACUCCAGUCUCAAAUGCACAUAGUAAAACUGACACUACUGAUAGUUCAGUAACUCCUGUCUCAAAAACACAAAAUACAACUGACACGACUGAUAGUACAGAUGAUAUGUUCUACAAUACACAAAGUAUUACUGACACCACUGAUAGUUCAGUAACUCCAGUAUCAAAUACACAAUGUACAACUGACACCACUGAUAGUUCAGUAACUCCAGUAUCAAAUACACAAGGUACAACUGACACCACUGAUAGUUCAGUUGAUACGGUCUCAAAUACACAAAGUACAACUGACAUCAAUAAUAGUUCAGUUGAUACGGUCUUCAAUACACAAAGUACAACCAACACCACUGAUAGUUCAGUCGACACAGUCUUCAAUACACAAAGUACAACCGACACCUCUGAUAGUUCAGUUGAUACGGUCUCCAAUACACAAAGUACAACAGACACCACUGAUAGUUCAGUUGAUACGGUCUCAAAUAUACAAAGUACAACUGACAUCACUGAUAGUUCAGUUGAUACGGUCUCUAAUACACAAAGUACAACCGACACCACUGAUAGUUCAGUUGAUACGGUCUCAAAUAUACAAAGUACAACUGACAUCACUGAUAGUUCAGUUGAUACGGUCUCUAAUACACAAAGUACAACCGACACCACUGAUAGUUCAGUUGAUACGGUCUCAAAUAUACAAAGUACAACUGACAUCACUGAUAGUUCAGUUGAUACGGUCUCUAAUACACAAAGUACAACCGACACCACUGAUAGUUCAGUUGAAACGGUCUCCAAUAUACAAAGUACAACCGACACCACUGAUAGUUCAGUUGAUACGGUCUCAAAUAUACAAAGUACAACUGACAUCACUGAUAGUUCAGUUGAUACGGUCUCUAAUACACAAAGUACAACCGACACCACUGAUAGUUCAGUUGAAACGGUCUCCAAUAUACAAAGUACAACCGACACCACUGAUAGUUCAGUUGAUACAGUCUCCAAUACACUAAGAACAACCGACAUCACUGAUAGUUCAGUUGAUACAGUCUCCAAUACACAAAGUACAACCGACACCACUGAUAGUUCAGUUGAUACGGUCUCAAAUAUACAAAGUACAACUGACAUCACUGAAAGUUCAGUUGAUACGGUCUCUAAUGCACAAAGUACAACCGACACCGCUGAUAGUUCAGUUGGUAUGGUCUACAACACACUAAGAACAACCGACACCACUGAUAGUUCAAUUGAUACAGUCUCAAAUAUACAAAGUACAACCGAUACCACUGAUAGUUCACCUGGUACGGUCUCAAACACACAAAGCAGUGUGACAUCAGCGGGAGUGAGACCCAAACAGUUGCUAUGUAGAUGUCCAAAAAGAUCCGUCAAUACCAAAUGGCAUUUUCUCGAUGGCAAAGAUAUUUCAGAUACUGAAUUAAGAAAGUUGGUCUUGGAAGAUUUCGAAGCUAAUAUAAAACCGCUGAUCUCAGUCAAAAAGAAAAAUGUAUCGAAAGCUAUCAGAAAGAGAACAUCGGCAGAGAAUCUCAGAAGAUCAGCACAAUCGGUUGGCUCUGGAAUUUCCGUUCUUCUUAUUGUGCCAGUAGCAUUGAUAAUAGCAGCGGACCUGUCGAGAUGCUUUUAUUCCAUACGCAAACCAAAUUAUAGAAAUAAAACAGCUAAAAAAUGUAAAAAAUCAGUUCCACCUAAUAAAACUGUAAUUAUAGAGAAUGAAAUUUUUGACCAUGAUGAUCUUUCUACAGUAAAUGUACCAGUGCAACAGGCAAUUGGUUUUAGAAACAAUACUUCCGAUCACCAACCUAGAGAUACGUGUGAUAUUCACAUGAAAGAAGCUAGUGUUCAUGCAUAUUCUUGUGAUGAGUCGGAAAUUGAGGAUAAGACCGAAAUGAGCUUGUCUACUAGCCGACACAAAUGCAACAUUUUAUGUUCUAUAGAUUCAAAUCAAAGUGGAAAUCGAAAACGUAUUAUAUUCUCUUCAGAUGAAGCUACUCCUGAAUGCGACUUGAAAAUAGCAGGUUACGAACUAAGAUGUAACCGUUCAAAAAGGCAGAGAAAAAGUCGUAAAAAAAGAAGAGAUGAAGUGUAUUAUUAG